GGUGAGCGGGGAUCGCCCCGCGGGGAGGGAGCGGGGGGAGUGGUUCCAGCGCCGACACCCCCCGCCCCGCUCCCCAUAAAUCAGCACCAUGACUACUUCUGGGCAUGGAACAAAGAGGAUGCUCUCCCGGGGCCCCGCGCUGCUCCUCGCGCCGCUGCUGCUCCUGUGCCGAGUGGUGGAGAGCCGAGGAGGGAUCAUGGACAGCAUACAGAGAUUUUCAAACCUGCCAACGUAUCUCCCCGCGAGCUAUCAUAUCUGCAAUGCUGAUGUUUUCUUCUUCCUCAAAGAAGCCAACCAGGAUAUCAUGAGGAACUCCAGUUUGCAGUCUAGGGUGGAUUCAUUCUAUAUAUACAAAGCCAAACUGCCACCUGUCCUAAAUGCCACGUAUGGACCCUUUUCUGUUGAACAGGCUGUUCCCUUGGACCUCAUGCUGACUUCGGCAUCUUUUGGUUUCACAAAUAAAUUCACUUUUAAUUGGAAAUUAAAAUCUCACAUAAUCGACAGCUCGAUCUAUUCCAACAAACCUAAAAUACAAACCUUGUUCUAUAUUGCGGGGAAGGACUGGGAUGACUAUAAUUCUGCAGAGAGGUUGCCUUGCGUGAAGAUGUUUGCUUUCCUGGAGUCUAGAGAAGUUGUGGCCAGCUGUAGAUUGACAGGUCAUCUAGGAUUAUGUGUGGCGGAGCUGGAAUUAUCUCCUAGCUGGUUCAGCUCCCCUCCACCCCUGGUUUCAGAGGAAACGGCCUCCGUGGAAGGGAUUACUGUGGAGCUCUUCUAUAAGAUUUAUACAGCAGAUGGGGAUUGUUCUCCAGAGGAUGAAAAAUGGGAAAACAAUAUCCAUGCAGGUCAAGAUAAUGAACAUAAGGCUUUGUCAGCUAUGGAGAGGAUUGGUAGCAUCAUUGUUUACCCAAAUCAAGACAAAUUAAAACAGUCUUCACUGAGGCUAGAUGAGAAUAUCGUUAUCCGCUUACCACUCAGCCCCGUCAGAGAAGGUGACGUGGUGACCUUUCAUGUUUCCUUGGCUGAGGACUCUCUAGCAGACCAGUUUGUAUUAAGAAUUAGGACAGCGCCAGGUGUGAAGAUCUUGGACAUCAGAGUGAGUGAUGCAGAUCAGUGGGGGGUUCAAGAAGAGACGGACAGUGCGAGGACCACUGCCACGGUCACAUGUGUGCACAACGACCCAACUGCUGAGAGCAGAGCAAACAUGUCUUCCUAUGAGAUCCUGCAGAUGGACUUUGAGAUCGACAACGCUAGCAGCCUGGCAGGGGCCCAGCAAAUUACCUGGCAGGUGGAAUACCCUCGAGAUGACUCCCUGAGUGAACUGGUGGUUUCUGAGAUCUUUGUCAGCCGGACAAUGUUUGUGGGAAUUGUUCCUCUUGCGAUGGACACGGAGGUCCUUAACACAGCCAUUCUGACGGGCAAAACAGUGUCUGUUCCAGUCAAGGUAGUUGCCGUGCAGGAGGAUGGGUCUGUGGUCGAUGUUUCAGACUCUACCGAGUGCAAAUCAGCUGAUGAAGAUGUCAUAAAGGUUUCUGACAGAUGUGACUCCAUCUUCGUUAAUGGCAAGGAAAUGAAAAGCAAAGUGGAUACUAUUGUUAACUUCACUUAUCAGCAUUUCACCACACAAUUAGAAGUGACAGUCUGGGUUCCAAGGCUCCCGCUGCAGAUAGAGAUCUCUGAUACAGAGCUUAGCCAGAUCAAAGGCUGGAGGAUACCCGUCACCUCCAAUAAAAGGCCUACCCGAGACAGUGAGGAUGAAGAGGAUGAUGAGAAAAAAGGAAAAGGUUGUACCCUGCAGUAUCAGCAUGCCAUGGUGCGAGUCCUCACACAGUUUGUAGCUGAAUCCUCUGAGUUUGGAGGCCACUUGACCUAUAUGCUAGGCUCUGAGUGGCAGUUUGACAUCACUGACCUUGUGACUGAUUUCAUGAAGGUAGAAGAACCCAAGAUUGCUAAGCUUCAAGAUGGACGAGUUCUGGUUGGUCGUGAGCAUGGCAUCACCACAGUCCAGGUCCUGUCACCUCUUUCCGAUUCCAUCUUGGCAGAGAAGACAGUGAUAGUUCUAGAUGACCGUGUAACCAUUACAGAUCUAGGAGUACAACUGGUUUCAGGCUUGUCCCUCUCCUUACAAAUCAGCAAGGGAAAUAAGAGAGCUAUCGUUUCUACCACCUCUGCAUACGAUAUCCUUCAUACUCCAAAACAGGAAGCCAUAGUCAGUGCCUGGAUUUUGUUCAGUGAUGGGUCAGUGACACCAUUAGAUAUCUAUGACUCCAAGGACUUCUCGAUCACCAUCACUUCACUGGAUGAGAUGGUGGUGUCUGCUCACCAAAACCUUCAGUCUAAAUGGCCUGGGGUAGUGGCAGAAGGGGAUGGGCAAGGACCUUUGAUUAAAAUUGAAAUGGUCAUCAGUGAGCCAUGUCAGAAGACUAAGCGGAAGAGCAUUCUGGCUGUUGGGAAAGGAAGUGUCAAGGUGAAGUUUGGUCAAAAAGAUUCUGACCAAAAAGGAAGCACGAAUGACAUUGAUGAUGUUGAUAGAGAUUUUAAAAGCCAUGCAAGCAAUUCUAUAGAGAAACUUUCAGAACAAGAGAGGACAGCACAAGAAUGGUCCAAACCCCAUGAGGACAUGUCCAGUCACGAGGACAAUGCAAAUAAAAGCACAACUUUCAUAUCUCCCAUUGAUCAGGAGUCCCUGGAGGAUGGCCAGCUCCCAAAUAACCCAACUGCAUUCACAGGUUUCCCUACACAAGCAGAAAUACCAGGAGAAAAUAAUCCCAGUGAUCUCACAUUGACUUCAAGAGGAUUAACAGAUUUGGAGAUCGGCAUGUAUGCCCUGCUGUGUGUUUUCUGCUUAGCAAUCUUGGUCUUUUUGAUUAACUGUGUGGCAUUUGCUUGGAAGUACAGGCACAAAAGGUUUGCUGUGAGUGAGCAAGGCAACAUCCCCCAUUCCCAUGAUUGGGUCUGGCUUGGAAAUGAGGUUGAACUGCUGGAAAACCCAGUUGACAUUUCGCUCCCUUCAGAGGAGUGCACUACCAUGAUUGACAGAGGACUGCAGUUUGAAGAAAGCAACUUUCUCCUUAAUGGGAGUUCUCAGAAGACUCUUCAUAAUCAUAUCCUCAGAUCUUCUGAGUACCUUUGUGAAAAAGAAGUUAAAAGUGAACCUAUAAAUCCUUCUGGGCCAAAGCAGAAGCGAGUAAAGUUCACUUCAUAUACAACAAUACUGCCGGAGGAUGGAGGCCCCUACACCAAUUCAAUUCUAUUUGACAGUGAUGAUAAUAUUAAAUGGGUAUGCCAAGAUAUGAAUCUUGGUGAUUCCAAGGAACUUAGGGACUAUAUGGAAAGACUGCAAGACAAUAUGUAAAACUACUUUCUUAUGUUUGUAAUCACCUUUAUGCCUUCUGUUUAUGGAUGGUGGAGCAGUCAGUCCAGUCAGCAAUAGGAACAAGACAGUCCAACCUUGGAGUUACUGAGAUGAUAACCUGGUAUCACUGAGCAGGUACAAGAGGCUGGCUGGCUUAAACCUGUUUCACCGCAAACCAGGAUGUGCCCCUAGAACAGCUACUUGUAGGUGUUGGAGGUGUCACACACGAUGGCUGUUCUUGUAUACUGCCUGGUACUAGCAAAAUGCUAAUACAACUACGCUCAGACUCAGAGGAGACUUCAUCUGUUUGUCAUCUCUCACGAUAAAUGAUAAAUCAGAAAAGAAAGGGAUGUAUGUUUGCAUUGAUUUUUCUAGUCGUCGUCCUUUGUAAAGCACAGUGGACAUUUCUUUCUUAAAGCCCAAAAUGAGGCUUACAUUAAAAGUGAUCUAAAUGAAUCUAAUUUUAUUGCCUAUGUGCAAUGCAGCCAAGUAGUCUCAUUAUUUUUUACAGAUAUAAAACUCCCCAUGUGGUUAAUUUCUUCUCCUAUUGUUUAUGAAUUUUAUUUGACUUAGGGAAUAUUAAAUAUUUUCUUUGAAGGCUUUUUUUUUUUGUUGUUGUACCAAAGUGUAGUACAGUAAUAUUUAUAAUGAUUUAAGUUUUCUAUUCAUCUGCAUCAGCCCCUAGAGAUACCUCCUUCAUCACAGAUUAUCUUUCUCCUUUCCAUAUGGGUCGUUAGUAUUUGAAACAGAAAGGUAUUAGAACUCUUACUGGGAAGGGUUGUAUCUUCUUACAGGGAAAUGUAAAUACAAUAAUAAACCCUGGAAAAUAAAAAUCAAGGAGUAGCCCUGGGUUUACUUUUGUCAUUGCUAACAUGAAAAAGUAACCUGCAACGAACCAGCACAUACUUCAAAGGAAAAUGCUUUGCUGAAUCAGCAGCUCGGUUGACAAUACACGUUGUCAGAAUGAGAAAGUCAAAGGUGGUGUUGAAUUGCAGAGGAUAGGAAGGAAAUUUCCUAGCAAAUAAGCAAAGGCUUGGAGUCAUUGUUAUUCUGUGCUAAUUAAUACAUUGGCAGUAGUGUUUAUUUGGACAAAGAAGUCCAUGCUCAACAGCUUAUGGCCCAGACCUUGUCUAAAACAUCUCUGAUCAUAAGGCUGCUACAGAGAAAACUUUUACACCAUGUUUCAUUAAAAAAGGAAGAAGGAAAGAAAAGAUGUUUGGCACAUUAUAAAGUGACUAUUCUCAGUUUUAACAAGGAAAACAUGCUGGAGCCUCAAGCUGCCAUUUUGUAUGCAUUACGUGUAUUUUUUUUACUGAAGGAUGAUUGAAAGAAAUUGAAAAUUACAGUUAGAAAAAACCCUGAAUCUAUAUAACACUUAACAAAACCAAUAAAGAACAUGUUCUUGUGAUGGAUCUUGUGCAAUAAAUAUCCAAGAUCCAAAAUACAACUGUCUUACAUACCACAGCUCCCAUCUCUUAUGUAGAUCAAGAUAGGAUUUGAAUUUUAUAAUUCAGUUCUGCUGUUAGACCAGACAACCUUAACUAUGGGAAAUUCUGCAUUUGGAUCCUAAUGCACGACUGGGAACACGUUUAAUAUAACUGCAGUAAAACAUGAGAAUUUUAAUGGUGAGGCUACAAAGUGAGGACACUAGGCUUAUAUAAGUGAUUGAAGACUUAUGUUUGCUGGCGCUGAACUGCAUAGUGAGGGGAUGGCAUCUGUUAUAAUCUAAUUUUAAGUAGAGAAAAUAAUAAAGCACAGACCUGUUUCUGUUUCAUAAGGGAUGCAGCACUUGUGCGUCAAAUACAGUCUUGGGUUGUUUAACGAAUGUUUUCUCCUGUUUAAAUGAUCCAGACCUUGUAGGGAAAUAAUAAUGCCUACUAUGAUCCUUAUUGCUUACAAGACGAAAAUCCUUUUUUAGAAUUUAACAUCUCUUCCUAACAUUUUCUCUUUGGUCCAACCACAAGCCAAGAGUAUUGUUCGCACAAGAGUAAAUGUGUAAAAGUCAACCACAAAUAAAUUUAAACUUGGAAUCAGAGGAAAAAAACUUGCUGAUGGUAGCUGCAGAGGGCAAACAGCACAGCUGUCUGGAUGAAUGCAUGUCUGUCAGUUUACCAGUGAACUGAUGAUCUCAAAGCAGUGUACUGGGCUCCAUGACCCAUUUCUUCAGUGUGGCCCCAAUGCUGCUAAGCACACCAGUGGAUGCUGAACUCCAGCCCUAGUCAGCGCCACAUGAGCAGAGUGAGUGCCCAGGGAUCUACAGUUCCCCUGAGCUGCUCUUCUCGCUCAUUAACAGGUAACAGGAGGCAACAGCUUUACUUACUUGUUCAGGAAAUUUUCCUUCAAGAGCUACGGCUUGAAAUAUUGAGGAUCACUAAGUUUGGGUGCCUCUCUAUGGUGAUGUUGUGUCCUUGAACUUGUAUCUGAGGCCAAAUCCCUGGCUGUCCAUAGUACCUACAAGCAUCUCUACAUUCUUGCUGCAGCCUAAUGUGUAGAGGACGGACUGUCCUACAUGCAGUGUGGACAUUGCCAGAAGCCACCAAAGGAGACCUCAGAAUUAUUCAGAAUUUACUUGUUCUGUAGCUUGCAAACCCUGUGCUUUCAGAUGUUGCUGCUAAAGACAGUGAUAAAAGCAGGGUUCCAGGACUGUUAGCGUUGGACCAGCAAUACUUCCAUUCUGGUGUUUGAGUGUGCAUCUAAAAUGCACUCUGAGAGAGAACCUUACUUCCAGCUGGGGUGUGCCCAGCAUCCAUCGGCAUGGGCGAGAAGUUCUUCAAUGAGGUUUUUAGGUGGCUCAGUGGCCACCUAAUGUGGGGCUUCUUUAGAGUCCUGACUUUUGUAGUUGUAGACAUCAGACACAUAUCUAUCCCAAUGUUAAAUUACAAAUAUAGGCUGUUAGAAAGGAGUACAGCCACUACUGGUGAUCAGCUAAACAAUGGAAUUGGAGACAGCAUCCACAAAAAAGACUCCUUCCCAAAUCAGGCAGUGGGAGAAAAUAAUGUACAACUGCUGAUUCAUAUUACCUUUUGUUUUACACCACAUGUUGUUACAUGAAAGUUCUUGCAUAGAAAAAUGGCAAUAAGAAAAACAAAAGAAGUGGGAAGAAAGAAUUCUAUCCUCACUAAAACUGUGGUAACACCAUAAAGUGGAGUCAUUCUGGAUUUAUGCUGGUUUAAGCGCUUACACUAGUGAUCAUAAAAUCGAAAGGAAAAGGUUUAGAUAAAUAUAUUUAAUGAAAAAUAUAGUUCUGAGUUGAUCAGCCCUUUUAAAAUGAAAUAUCUCAAAUGUUAGCUUCAAAAUAAUGACAUACGUCAAAUGUAAGUAAAUUUAAUUUAAAAUUAAUUAAAAACUCCGCAGUUUUCUAUUUCACCUAGAUUUUCCUCAAUGGCUCUUUUAAAAUAAUGACUUAUGUACUAAUGUCAUAUUCAUGGGAUAUGUAAUAUUCCGCUUUGCUGUCAAAAUGAACAGCAUUUAUAAGUUGAUAAAAGAAUCUCUGCUUUUGAGAUUACGAAGUAACAGUAGCCAAAUGAUCAAAAGGCACAAUAUGUAUGUAUGUAAGUAUGUAUGUAUGUAUGCAGGAAACUAGAAUUGUCUAAAAAACAAAGCAGAAACUAUACUGACAGAUUAAUUAGAAUUAUGCUUGAGUAGUGCCCAGAAAAUCCAUGUGUGUAAUUUAAUACUGAACAAACAGCAAAUCUUACUUACGGCAGGUUUAGAGAUGACAUUGGGAGUGAGUGUCUUUGCUGGCUCCCAAGGAAAGACUGUGCCGUAUCAAUACAAAUACCAGGAGACACUGGAAAAAUUCUGUAAGCAGAGAGUGUAUUAAUGGAACAUGGGGAGUUUGUGAGCUUUAACAAUGAAGCUGAUGCCUGAAUCUCAACUCCUGCAGUCAGAGCUGAGUGAUUCAUGGUAGCUGAGCACUGGCAUACGGAGAAUGGAGGAGCGAGAGCUCAUAGUUCUCAUCUGUGCAGAGCUUUUUAUUUCGUUUGGCCAUCACACACAGCCUCGCUCAAUGUGGCUUCUCUAUGCCUUCUUCUUAUUUAAAUACGAACUUAGGAAACCAGUGCCCUGCUCUUCUCUUGAUGUAGAACCACAUAGAUUAACAUUUUGAGCUGCUGUUUCUUAAUUCACAUUGGAGAAUGUACAAGAAAAUCUUACAGCCAUACGACACAGUGCAGUCCAUUAUAUAAUGGAAAAAAACCUGUAUUUCAAGGUAGAGUACCCUAUGAAUGAAAUACCAGUUUUUUCAUAGCGGUUAUGCUCUUUUCUGAAAUAUAAAUCAUGUGCACUACAUUGAAAUACACUAUAGUGUAUUGUGAAAUGCAUACAUUAAUUGCUGAAUCUAUAACACUGAAUAUGUAUAUACAUCACACCCAAGAUAUUUAUACAAUAUAAGUCUUAGAUGUAUAACAUAAUGAAUUCUGUACAAAAUAAACUGUAAGUUAAGACAAUGAAAGAGAACUUUUAUAUCUGUGUAAUUUGUAUGUUAAGUUAUUCAAGCCUCAGUUUUCAUCUUUAAAUGUGCCGAUACUUAUUUUCUAUAGGCAGAUGUCUGAAAUAAAGACUGCACUCUUCAGAGAAGAAGCAAUGAAAGAUUGUGAAAGAAACAGAUCCUGCU